ACUACAGCUCAGUCGCAGGCAAAACAUCGAACGUGAAGGUUGUGGCGUGGCAGCCUUCGUCGGUACGCGCACAAUACAAAAACAUUCGUUUUUUGACGCGAGUCGCGACCAAUAAACUACAACAAUACAUGAAAAGUAUGUGGGGUAGCAGAUUUUACGCCAAAACGAAGAGUAAUAAUAAGUGAUUAGUUUGCAAAACGGUUAGCAAAGUGCCUGUCGUCCCGCGCGCACGCUGCCAGUUGUCAAUGCGCUUGUUGUGGCAUCACAAUAAAUGCAUUUACAAUUGCCGCGGGCUUUUCAAAUAGUACGCAACAUAUGUAAAUAUAUAUGUGCACUUAUAUAUGUACAUAUGUGUUUGUAAAUGCUAACACAUAAAAGGGAAAGUGAAGUUCGCUACAAAUAGUGAGGAUAAACAAAUACCGACACUUAACUACAACAGCAAGGCCGGCACACCUGUCAGCUAUAAGAUUUUGCUACAUAGUUGAGGAACUUAAAGAAAAAAAACUUUAAUUCAAAACAGUAUUUAAUGCGUGUUGCGCUCGUCUCAUAAUGUGGCAGCUGACGUAAGACGCGUUUCUUUUUGAGAAAAUUUAAGCCAAGUCACAGAACACAAGCCACAACGUCUUACUGUGAAAGAUGCCGCAAUUGAGGACUCACCUGGCCAUUUGCUGCCUGGCGCUGUUUAUGUUCGGGCUACACCUGUUGCCCCUAUCGGCUGAUGGCAAGGAACAGCGAGAGCCAUUGGCAGGCGAGUCGCAUAGCAAGCAGCAGCACCGCAGCCACUCGAGUGGCGGAUCGAAGCGCUUCUCGCGCGACUCGAAUGCCGCUCGCGAGCGACGCCCCAACAUAAUCCUCAUCCUGACCGACGACCAGGAUGUGGAGCUGGGCUCGCUCAAUUUCAUGCCGCGCACGUUGCGGCUGCUGCGCGAUGGCGGCGCCGAGUUUCGGCACGCCUACACGACCACGCCCAUGUGCUGCCCGGCGCGCUCCUCGCUGCUCACGGGCAUGUAUGUGCACAACCACAUGGUGUUCACGAACAACGACAACUGCUCCAGCCCCCAGUGGCAGGCGACGCACGAGACGCGCUCCUAUGCCACCUACCUGUCCAAUGCGGGCUACCGCACCGGCUACUUUGGCAAGUAUCUGAACAAGUACAACGGAUCCUACAUACCGCCUGGGUGGCGCGAGUGGGGCGGCCUGAUCAUGAACUCCAAGUACUACAACUACAGCAUCAACCUGAAUGGGCAGAAGAUCAAGCAUGGCUUCGACUAUGCCAAGGACUAUUAUCCCGAUUUGAUAGCCAACGACUCGAUUGCCUUCCUGCGCUCCUCCAAGCAGCAAAACCAAAGAAAGCCCGUGCUGCUGACCAUGAGCUUCCCGGCGCCACACGGACCCGAGGACUCUGCGCCGCAGUACAGCCACCUCUUCCACAACGUGACCACGCAUCACACGCCCAGCUAUGAUCACGCGCCCAAUCCGGACAAGCAGUGGAUCUUGCGGGUUACGGAGCCCAUGCAGCCGGUGCACAUGCGUUUCACCAAUAUCCUCAUGACGAAGCGCCUGCAGACACUACAGAGCGUCGAUGUGGCCGUGGAGCGGGUCUACAAUGAGCUGAAGGCGCUAGGAGAGCUGGACAACACGUACAUCGUGUACACCUCGGACCACGGAUAUCAUCUUGGUCAGUUCGGCUUGAUCAAGGGCAAGAGUUUCCCCUUCGAGUUCGAUGUGCGUGUGCCCUUCCUCAUACGCGGUCCGGGAAUUCAGGCGUCCAGGGUUGUGAACGAAAUCGUGCUGAAUGUAGACCUUGCGCCAACCUUCUUGGACAUGGGUGGGGUGCCGACACCGCAGCACAUGGACGGACGGAGUAUUCUGCCGCUGCUACUCAGUCGGAAUCGAGUGGUGCGCGACACCUGGCCGGACAGCUUCCUCAUCGAGAGCUCAGGCCGUCGGGAGACGCCAGAGCAGAUAGCCGAAUCCCGGGCGCGUCUGCUGGCGGAUCGACACAGCAUGAAGCUAGUCAAUAGCACGCUGCUGGAGGAUUUGCUGGAGAACGUCAACAGCAGCAGCAGCAGCAUCACCAGCACAGUGGCUACCCUGUUGAGCUCUGUGGCAACCACAACGGAGCAGGAGGACUUUGAAGAGGAUCUGGACACCGACGCUGAAGACGAAGAUGGCGAUGAUGCCAUGGACAGCUCAGCGGCUGCAGUCGACGACGAGGAUCUGGUAGAUGCUCGGGCCGAAGAAGACGAUGAUGAUGAGCUAGAGGAGCAGGAGCUGCUGCAGCAGCAGGACAACCAUUUGCCCAUAGCACCCUACAUCACGAAAAUGAUGCGACUGAACUCCGAGUGCUCCGAUCCGGCGCUGCUAAAGAACUGUUUGCCGGGCCAAAAGUGGAAGUGCGUCAAUGAGGAGGGACGCUGGCGGAAGCACAAGUGCAAGUUCCAUCUGCAACUGGAGCAUCAGCUGGCGGCGAUGCCACGCAAGCAGUACCAACGCAACUGCGCCUGCUUCACCUCGAACGGAUUGGUCUAUACCAAGAUUAGAGCACCGACUACAUCCCUGCACCCGCACCGCCUGCACAAGCGCACUCAAAUGCAACACCACCAGCACCAGCAGCACCUGGGCAAGAGACGCCACAAGCGUCAAGUGCCCGAGGAGGUCUAUCACUCAGAGCUGCCGUACGAAAUGGAAGAGCUGCUCGACUUACACCAGGCUGUCGAUCUGCUGGCCCAGCACAAGACCAGAAGCAAACGGGAGGCGCCCAGCAUGCCAAACCUCACUGCGAACAAUUCCAAAUCCAGUUCUAAUGAGACUAUCGCUGUGGUCAUACAGCAAAUUCAGAGUACUCUGGAAACGCUGGAGCACAAGUUCAAUGAGCAUGAGCUGUACAAUCGUAGCGCAGCCCCCUUGGGGCGUGGCGAAAAAUUCUCGAAGGGCGGCGCCCGCUGCUUUGUGGAGGAGAGCACGGACAAGGUAAACUGCUCGGAUGUGAUCUACGAUGAUGAGAAGACCUGGCGCACCUCUCGCAACCAAAUUGAUAUGCUCAUCAAGCUGCUGAAGGACAAGAUCAGCACACUGAAGGACAUGAAGAAGCAGAUGCGGGAGAGCAAGCAGCAGGCGGCUGCAGCUGGCCGACGUGGCGAGGGCCGGCGUCGCAAUGAUCCAGCUGGGCUCCAGGAGGGAGCCGGUCCCGAGUUCAACAUGAGCUACUUUGGUGAUAUCGCCACCACGCCCCGCUCCGUCUUGCUGCCAAAUACGUAUAGCGGCAGCCAAAAGGAUAUCAUUCGUGGUAUAGGAGGAGCUGCUGGCUACGACUUCCCGGAUCAGUCCCAGACACCACACUAUGCAUCGCGUGCCGAGUGCUACUGCGAGCCGGAUGUGGGCGAGAGCUAUGCCGACUCCAAGGAGAUGGCUCGGGAGGCACGGCGUAAGCUCAAGGAGGAACGACAGCGCAAGAAGGAACGCAAGCGCAUCAAAAAGGCGCGCUUGGAGAAGGAGUGUCUGUCGGAGAAGAUGAACUGCUUCUCCCACGACAAUCAGCACUGGCGCACGGCGCCCUUCUGGAACGACAGUCCCUUCUGCUUCUGCAUGAAUGCCAACAACAACACCUACUCCUGUCUACGCACCAUAAAUGCCACGCAUGACUUUCUCUACUGUGAAUUCACGACGGGAUUGAUAACGUUCUAUAAUCUCACUAUUGAUCGAUUUGAAACACAGAACCAGGCCUCUAGUCUAACGCCUGCUGAGAGAUCGCACAUGCACGACACCUUGGAGCGCCUGAAGAGCUGCCGCGGACGAAACUGCAGCAUACGCCGCCAGCUGCCGCAGCUGGGCAUGUCAGCGGCAGCUACCCCACCCACCGCCGUCAAUCAUGUCCAGCGCAGCAACAAGCGGAAGCACAACCCCUUGUCGGGCAGCGUGGGCAACUUUGGCUUUGUGGGCAGCCGGCUGGACAUGGAUAUGGUGCCAUCUGCCAAGCGACGCAAGCUCUCCAAAUAUCACAGAUGGACCAACUCGCAGAACACUCAUCUCAAGCGUCGCCCCUGGAAGCAGCAAUCCCAUCGGCUCCUGCCCCAGCCGCCGGUGCCCACUGUGGCUGCCUGAGCUGCGUUGCCGUUGCCGUUGCCAUUGCCAUUGUCAUUGUCUUCACCCAGUGCCCAGUGAGCACACAUAUGCAUAUCCUACAGCUUGCCACACCCACUCAGCGCAUUGCUCUGGUCUGCAUAUUUGGAUAGAAAGCUGUGGAAUGCUUCCUGGCAUUUUCUUCUAUUUUCUUUUAAGUAAAUAAGACUGUGUUUUUUCUUUUGUAUUCGACUUACACUUAGUUCGGUAUCUUUGACGUCUUGUAACUGUGUCUCUUCUUUGCUUCUUCGGCUUGAACCCGCAAUAUUAACGAAAGAUAGUUAGCAUUUAAGUGAUCUAAUUUGUACAUAAAUUUAGGACGAGAGAGUGAAAAUAUUUACACCCUACAUAAAUUAUUUAGCGCAAUUGGUUUUACAAUUAAAUUAUCUAGAGUAGACGAGUACACUUAGCCAAGAAAUUACCUUACCAUAGAGAUCAUAUUUACACACACAAACACAUUUAUAUUUAUUGGAAAACGCUAAAAACGCUACGCAAAUAACAAAUUGUUGUUGUUUUGGAAUGGAAAUUCUGGGACAAUGGUCACUCAUUGCCUCGUUGUGCUCUAAUGUUUAAGUCAACUUGUUUGUAGCAGGCCUCACGCCCAUGAACAAAUAUUGUAACUGCUCUAGCAAGCCUAAUAUUGUCUAUUUAACACACUUAAUCUAACAAAAUAAUAAAGAAAUACAUGCAUAUGUAAAAAUCAGUACCUAUUUAA